CGUGUAAUUUCCACAGUUCACCGUAAAAAUGCCGAUUGAAAAUUUAGAGGAAGAAGGGCUGGCCAAAAACCCAAAUUUAGAGCUUGCACAGUGGAAAUUCCUUCUGACAACAGACAUUUACAAAGAUGACAAGGAGAUCAAAAAGAAAACUAUGGAUUUCAUCAUUGAAAAUAAUAUGGCCCCUUUCUAUGAAGAACUUUGCCAUUCCCUGAGCUGGAAGAUAGAUCAAGCCUUGCUGAAGAAGAUGAGAGCAGUCAAUGAAGCGGAACUGAAGAAACUAGACGAAGCUAUAGCUGAUGCAGAAAAAAAUCUUGGCGAAUCAGAAAUACGUGAAAAUAUGUUGAAAAAAGCAGAAUACCUGUGUGCUAUUGGUGAUAAGGAGGAAUGCCUUUCUCAGUUUAGAAAAACUCAAGAGAAAACAGUGUCCCUUGGAUACAGACUUGAUCUUGUGUUUCACUUGAUCAGAAUUGGCUUGUUCUACAUGGACCAUGAUCUCAUAAACAGAAAUCUGGAAAAAGCUCAGAGUUUGAUAGAUGAGGGUGGUGACUGGGACAGACGUAACAGGCUGAAGGUGUAUCGUGGGGUUACUGUAUGUUAUACGAAUUUCAAAGAAGCCCCAAUCUGUUCUGGACCCCGUGCAACUUUCACAUCAUACGAUAUUGAAUUUUUUCAUUGUGCUAUAUCCAAGUUAUUGUUGCUUUCAUGUCGGCUUUUCUGUUCAUUACUUCAGGUUGUCAAAGGUUCUGAAAUUUUGGAAGUCCUUCACAGUUUACCAAAAAUUAGAAAAUAUCUGUUUUCAUUAUAUGAUACACAUUAUGGAGAUUUCUUCAGAUCAUUAGCGGAGGUUGAAGAACUGAUGAAGUUUGACAGAUAUUUGAAUCCUCACUACAGAUAUUAUGUUCGUGAAAUGAGAAUUGUAGCCUACAAUCAGUUACUGGAGUCAUACAGAAGUCUGACACUGGAAUAUAUGGCUGAUGCCUUUGGUGUUACAAUACAGUUUAUUGAUCAAGAGUUGUCACGGUUUAUUGCAGCAGGUAGAUUACAUGCCAAGAUAGAUAAAGUUGGAGGAAUAGUUGAAACAAACCGACCAGACAGUAAAAACUGGCAAUAUCAGGAAACUAUAAAGAAAGGCGAUAUACUACUGAACAGGGUACAGAAACUUAGUCGAGUUAUCAACAUCUAGCAGAAACCUUAUGCAUCAUUCUGUCACACCACAUCAGCUGAUCUUUUGAUUCUCGCAAUCAUUUCCUAACUAAAACACUGCAGAAACACUGGAUGCAGAAAGUGCUUUUCUUUAUAGAAAAAAUACUCUGUUGCAACAGUCAACGAUGCUGUUUCUGCUAAUAAUAUUAAAUAUUCAUCUUAAUCUCACAUUUUAAGUGCAAAAUAUUAGUGAAAAAGUAUGUGUGAUUACCAAGUAGAUGAAUUAAUUGAUAUAUUUAACUGCGCUUAUCAUUUCCUGAUUCACUUUCAACAGACAUAUUUUAUAUGAAAACAGGAACAGGAACGUCCUAGAAAAUGAAGUGUCACAAGACAACUAAGUAUUAGAUUUUUUGUGAUGCCAACUGAAAUUACAAAACUGAGCACACUCUUUAGAUAUAAGAUCUUAAAUCUAAAGUUGUUACCUUCAUGUUGAGAAAAAGAAUAUUUAUUUAUGAAACUGUUCUUGAACAAUUAAAAAAAAAUGUUUAAAUCUAA